AUGAAAUCGACGUUGAUCGCCGCUCUCACGGCGCUGGCCGCCAAGCAGGUUGCCGCCCAUGCCACCUUCCAGCAGCUUUGGUACGGCUCGACUUGUGCUCGUCUCCCCCUCAGCAACAGCCCUAUCGCCAGCGUUGAGAGUAAUGACAUUCGAUGCAAUGCUGGCACUUCGCCCGCAGCUAGCAAGUGCAGCGUUGCUGCCGGAGAGACGGUUACCGUGGAGAUGCACCAGCAACCCGGCGACCGAAGCUGCAGCAACGAGGCUAUCGGCGGAAACCACUAUGGUCCCGUCAUGGUAUACAUGUCCAAGGUCGACGACGCCUCUACAGCUGACGGCUCAACUGGCUGGUUCAAGGUGUUCCAGGACGGAUGGAAGAAGGCGUCGACGAGCUCUCAAGGCGGCGACGACUACUGGGGUGUCAAGGACCUCAACAAGUGUUGCGGCAAGAUGGACGUCAAGAUCCCAGCGGAUAUCCCCGCCGGCGACUAUCUCCUUCGUGCCGAAGUUAUCGCCCUGCACAGCGCUUCGGGCCAGAACGGCGCCCAGCCCUACGUUACUUGCUACCAGUUGACGGUUACUGGCGGAGGCAGCGCAUCGCCCGCGACUGUCAACUUCCCAGGUGCAUACUCCGCCUCCGACCCCGGUAUUUUGGUCAACAUCUGGGCUCAGUUGAGCGAUUAUGUUGUGCCUGGCCCUGAGGUCUACUCUGGCGGUAGCACCAAGGAAGCCGGAUCAGCAUGCACUGGAUGUGAGGAUACUUGCGCUGUGGCUUCCAAGAAGCGCUUCAUCCAAUGGUAG